GGAUAAAUGUAGCGCCGCGGCGCGGGCGGCCAGCUCUCCGAGGGGCCGGAGCGCAGCGCAGCCAUGCAGUACCCGCACCCCGGGCCCGCUGCGGCGCCGCUGUACGCGCCCACGCCGCUGCUGCAGCCCGCGCACCCAACGCCCUUCUACAUCGAGGACAUCCUGGGCCGCGGGCCCGCCGCACCCACGCCCACCCCCACGCUGCCGUCUCCCAACUCCUCCUUCACUAGCCUCGUGUCCUCCUACCGGACCCCCGUGUACGAGCCCACGCCGAUCCACCCCGCCUUCUCGCACCACUCGGCUGCCGCGCUGGCCGCCGCCUACGGCCCCGGUGGCUUCGGAGGCCCUCUGUACCCUUUCCCGCGGACAGUGAACGACUACACGCACGCCUUGCUCCGCCACGACCCCUUGGGCAAACCCCUGCUCUGGAGCCCCUUCCUGCAGCGGCCUCUGCAUAAAAGGAAAGGAGGCCAGGUGAGGUUCUCCAACGACCAGACCAUCGAGCUGGAGAAGAAGUUCGAGACCCAGAAAUACCUCUCCCCGCCUGAGCGGAAGCGUCUGGCCAAGAUGUUGCAGCUCAGCGAGAGACAAGUGAAAACCUGGUUUCAGAAUCGGAGGGCUAAAUGGAGAAGACUAAAACAGGAGAACCCUCAAAGCAGCAAUAAAAAGGAUGAACUGGAAAAUUUGGACAAUCCCUGUGACCAGGGGCAAGACUUGCCCAGUGAACAGAAUCAAGGUGCUUCCCUGGAUAGUUCUCAGUGCUCACCAUCCCCGGCCUCCCAGGAAGACCUUGACUCAGAGAUUUCAGAGGAUUCUGACCAGGAAGUGGACAUUGAGGGUGAUAAAGGCUAUUUUAAUGCUGGAUGAUGAUCACUGGUGUGUUCAGAAAACUGGACAUGGGAAUAACAUUUUGCCACAGAAGAACUGGAAAACUAUGUGAAAAACGGAAAUCAACUUUCUCAUGUUCUAGAAACUCAAACUAUUUUGGUGCACUGGCUAAUUAACGAACCUUAAUUUUGAUUUAACAAAUGGUGUAUAUAAUGUUUGUGGGUUAUUUUGAUAAAGUGACUAAAUUCACCCCCAUUUUUUAGAAAAGUAAAUUGUUUUUUAUUUAUAAAAGAAGUAAUUUUGAACUUGUUAAAAAUUUAAGUUAUAACUUUAAAGGUUUUAAAGUCAUUUUUGAAUUAGUUUUUUUAUAAUUUGUCUUUACAUUCUACAUAAUGGAAAACCAAAAGAGCACCCCAAAUCCAGAGGUGCACUUUGGAAAAGGGACCUGUAUUUCAGAUGGCAUUGGAAUACUUUAAAAGGAGCAUUUUUUACUUAUAUAGGCUUUUCUUACAUUGCUGCCUUAAACCCCAAACCAUUUCGGAAUUCUUUUUGUGAGAAAGAGAGCUGAUAAGAUCCUUAAAUGCUUGUUUUGCACUGUCACUUAGUACCUUUUUGACCAAGUCGUUAAGAGGGACAGGACAGUACAGUCCUGCAGGCAUAGAAACUGACUGUGACUAAAAUCAUUCAAGAUAAAGUCUAGGUAGGUUGUAGAUAGUGUAGUGUGUAGUGUGUUUUAUAUCAGUGUCUAUAACGUGUAUAUAGAAUUGUUCACUGUAAAAAAAAGGCCAAUUUUUUUUUUUUUUAAUGAAUGGCUGUCUAUAAAAUAAAU